UUCGCUCGGAUAUCCGUGCCACGAGAGUGACCUUCGCGUCCGACCGGCUGCCGCCCCGCUGCCGUCCGUUGAUCCGCGAGAUCAACGUACCCCGCGCGGUCCCGAGCGCCAAAGGCUCGAGGAUCCUCGCCGAGAGCGAGCGACGACCCGGAGACACGCUUGUCACACUCGGCCAGAGAGGAACGUCGUCCCCGAGAACGAAGAGAGUGAGAGAGAAAGAGAGAGAGAGAAAGGGGAAGAAAGAGAGAGACACGCCUGUUCCUGGGAAGAGGGAAAGAACGCGCGCUUCUUGGCGCCUUCGAGCCCGCCGGUCAUUCCCCGCGUCGAGACACGUUGCGUUCUCGCGUCACGUCGUAAACUUCGCGGGAGUAUCGGGGAGACCGAGUGCGUGGGAGACGGCGGCGGGUCGAUUCCCCGGUCGGCGAGAGACGCGUGUUCGCACCGGCGAGGGAUCCCCCGUGGUCGUCGGCCGCCCGACGGCGAUGACCGACCGCCGUGCGACUUCGCCGAGGGUGCGAUAAGGCGAGGCGGCGUCGACGAAGAGCGACAGCGCGCGAGGGAGAGGAGGAGGAAAAGCAAGAAAAACGGUGAAAACGGCAAAACGGGGGAGAGGAAACGAGGAUUCGAAAGGGAUGAUGCGCGUAUCACGCCCCAUCGGCGCUUUUCAAUUACGCGGAUCUAGAUCGCGAAGCUAUUAGCGAAUUAAGCGGACCGAGCGAGCGGCCGAUCGAGGGAGAGGAGAGAGCAAGGGAGGGCGGAGGGAGAAGGAAAGAGAGAGAGAAAGAGAGAGAGAGAGAGAAAGCAAAGCGGGGACUAUGCGGGCCGCUGGUGGACGCUACGGGGAAAAAGGAAAGUAACGAUCGCGUCGGCGACCGCGUCGCGAUGAAAUUGUGUCGGGGUGGACUGCAAGCCCUCGAAGUAGCCGUCGGAGGCGCGUGAGCGACAACAGAAACGGUGCCAUGGCACGCGGAAACGAGAAAAAGCCGAAGUCGUCGACCCGUCCGUCCACGAUCGUCGACGUCGUCUUCUGGUUCUCUUGACUCGUUCACUCUCUCUCUCUCUCUCUCUCUCCCGUUCUCUCUCGGUCUCUUCUCCUUCCCUCUCUCUCUCUCUCUCUAUCUCAGUUUCCUCCGAACGUUCUCUCCCUCGGGUUCGCUCACUUCGGCAACCGCUCCUUUCCGGCACGUUGCACCGAUCUUGCGUGUCAAGUGCGAAACUCGCACGCUCAGCCACUUUCGCGGCCCCCGGCGGAAGUCAGUCGGUCGUCCGGUCGACAUCCCUCAGGAUCGACCGGGAUCGGAACGGGGAUAGAUCGUCGAGCAACGCGUGGCCCGGAACGACUAUGAGAGAGAGACAAUGAGGUGUCUAAUGUUGACCCUCUGCGGUCUGCUGGUUUCGGUGCAAGGACCUGCCCGUUGCACGGCCGAUCGCAGGAUACACGAGGACCGAGCGUCGGAACCGCUCGACCGCGGGCCGUACUUCGAAGUCUCGGCCUCCCGCAACGUGACAGCCCUCGUCGGCAAGACGGCCACGCUGAACUGCCGAGUCCGGAAUUUGGGCGAUCGAACGGUGUCAUGGGUGAGGCAUAGAGAUAUCCAUCUCCUGACCGUGGGUGUCGAGACGUACACGUCCGACCAGAGAUUCGUCGCGUCGCAUUUUCCCCGCACGGAGGACUGGACGCUACAAGUGAAAUACCCACAACGACGGGAUUCCGGCACAUACGAGUGUCAAGUGUCGACGACGCCGCCCAUAGGUCACUCCAUGCACCUCUCCGUUGUCGAGCCGGUGACGGAGAUUAUCGGAGAGUCGGAGAUGUACAUAAACAAGGAGAGCACUAUGAAUUUGACCUGCGUGGUACGACACAGUCCUGAGCCGCCGUUGACCAUUUAUUGGACCCACGAUCACGAGGUGAUCAAUUAUGACAGUCCGCGGGGCGGGGUGUCGGUGAUCACGGAGAAAGGCGAAGUAACGACCUCGUACCUUCUGAUCCAGAAGGCUCAGCCGGCGGAUAGCGGACAAUACACCUGCCAUCCGAGUAACGCUAAUACAAAGACCGUCUUGGUUCACGUGCUUAACGGGGAGCAUCCGGCGGCGAUGCAGCACGGCGGCCAACUGAGACUGGCCAAUCUACCGUUUGUGAUGAUCUCCACGACGCUUUUGACCUUCCUCAAUCACCCGUAUUGAGUGUCCAGCUCCGGGACGAAGCAGCGGCGAAACGCCGAUCACGCAGAUUGAAGCUGCGGCCGACGUAGCGUGGACGAUCGGAAGAGAUACGAGCUCGCGGAAGUCCACACGGAUAAUGGCCGAAAGAAAUCUUACCUCGGCCGGAGGAGAAUCGUGACGGGUGUUGAAAAACGCGCGGACAAAAGCGAGGAGCACAGCAAGGGAGGAGGCCGAGGGGGGUAGAGGAGACGGUGGAGGAAACGACGAAUGUCGGUAGUGACCGCGCGUGACGCCGGGGUGAGGCGCGAGGAAGGGACAGGUGUAAAAACGACAGACGGGGAGCGAAUCCCGGUUAGUGCUGAAAUAUUGUAAAUGCGCGAAGACUUUAGGGCGAAGACAGGGUAGCGACAAAAACCGAACAUAUAUAUAUAUAUACAUACACACACGCACACAUACACAUCACACACGCGCAUGCACACCCGUAUAUUCGUGAGAAUAACUCUCAACGUUCACCUGCGCAUAUAUACAUACAUGCAUAUACACGCACAUACACAUACAUGCAUUCGAGCAGCAGGUAUAAACGUUACAUUUUUGCUUUAUCACGGUUACGAGACAAUACGUUGUGCUUGCCGAAGGAUGUGUACGUGUUACUGUUGAUAAGAAAAUAAGUUGAGACUUUAACGGGUCCGUGUUAAAAUCUAUUAUUGCGUUGCGAGAGAGAGGGAAUACCUAUUGGAGAAUAUACAUAUAUAAAUAUAUAUAUAUAUAUAUAUAUAUACACACAUUAUAUAUAUAUAUAAGAUACGAUGUGAAGCAAAAAUGGGAGCACUCGACGAGCGAGACGCGAUCGAGCGCCGCCGUCGAGGCUGAUCGCGGCGGCAGUCAUUCAUGCGCGAACAAUGCCAGAAUUUUGAGGGACUGCCGUCAAGGGAGUGUCGACGGUACAGAAAGAAGGACGGAUCCGACGUCGUUGUUUCGCUCGGCGACGAAUCCGCCUCUCGGAUGUAGCCGUCGAUUUAGGCGUCGAUUUAUAACACGUUCCACGCCGGACCAGUUUUACGCGACUCUUCAUCCCCUCCCCCCUCGCUCAACCGUGAGCCAAAUUUCAUCUGCCGAAUGCCGACACGCGUUUCAUGAUGAUGAUUAUCAAAAUAUCUCGCGACUCCGUUCCUUCUCGGAGCCACGUCGAACGGGGGCGGCCCACGCGCGGGGCGCGUUGAUGGUCGAAAGCAACGCGCGGAUGGAGUGUCGUUAUUAGGCGAGCUACGUCGAAUAAGAACGCGGCCGGAGCUCCAUUCACCGGCCGUCGUCGACGGCAUUGUCCGCCGGCGCUGCUUCAUUUCACAUCGGACGAUUAUUUGACAGCGUGAGAUUUUCGCCAGCCGCUCUCGUACCCGACGUUGACACCGACACCGUUUGCUAUUAUUGUUGUUGCCGUAGAACAUCCACGAGUGGGCGCGAGCGAUGUGUGUAAAUUACCGCACACAGGAAGUGUGGUUGUAAUUAUAAUUUAAUUUUAAUCGCGAUUGUGUGCGCGACUACAAUGGGCGGGAUCCAAAUUAUAUCGGCGGGAAGAUAUUGUCCCCGUUGUUAUUGUUGUUUCACGCGCGGCCUCUAUUGUUGCGCAUUCGUACGCGUGAAAUAUUGCCCCGCGUGUGCAUAAUUGCACGCCCGAGCGGACAAAGGAACAGACGACGACGGAGACGGAGCCCGGGACGGAGCCUAAGCGAGGGUUAACGAAGUAAUUUCCGGAGAAAAACGGGACUCGAUCGCUCCCACGAGUCUAAUGGACAGUCUCUUGGAGGUCUUCCGCGUCCUCUUGUUCUCGAGAUACGCUCGUACGUUCGAAUCUCUCUCUCUCUCUCUCUUCCUCACCCUCAUCCUCCGCCCGAUCCUCGAUUCAGUUCAACUCCAGCUGAUAGUUAGUCGUGCCAAUUUCACGCGCGAACCAGACCCAUCACGAUCGAGUGUCGACUGUACAUCGGCGUGUGUAUCGAUCGUGUAUACAUCGCUCGAGACAUCGCGCUCCGCCUCUGUUUUCCUUUUCUCGACUCGAUCUAUAAUUUCACAUGCGAACGACGUUGUAUCCGGCGUUGUAUAGGCGCAUACAGAUCUCUUCUGGGUUCUCUUCCGGUUCUCACCGACAGCUGCUUCUUUUCGCGAGAGAGCGAGAGAGAGAGAGAGAGAGAGAGAGAGAGAGACGAGUCCGUAGUGACGGGGCGGAAGGUCGGGUACGAGAAUCAAAACUGAAAUCCUAUUCGGACCAGAGAACGAACGACUCGCUCCAAAUAUGUAUAUACGCGCGGGGGAUCGCAGGCGUCGCGUUGCGCCGGAGGACAAACACGCGCCGCCCGCGACACUCCGAGCGUUCGUGUAAAGAGGUAUACACAAAUGUUCUUCUCUCAGUUGCAUCCUACGAUUUCUCGAUACGUUACUCAUAAAUGUGCUUGAUUGAUACACGUAGUUGGGAGAAAAAAAAAAACAGAAAGAGAAGCAUCCGAAGAAAAAAGUACCACAGACGAGAUAAUUUAUAAUAUUAAUAAUAAAAGAUUCUUUUCAUA